CGGGAUCAGAGGAUUACCGAAGUGGGAGACCGCGUUAACAUCAACUUCAGGACUGCUGGUAAGGCAGGCGGGGCGGGGGGGGAGGAGGCUGCAAUGUGGCCGCGUAGUGACCCAACUCCAGCAGCCACCAGCGAGUGUCCGCGCCGCGCUCCUCUCUCUCCCGUGCUGGACAGAACCCUCUCCCUGAGCCCGAGGCGACGGGUACGAGAUGUGCCGAGCAUGCUUCACAUCCCCAGUGACUCGUGGUGGUGGACCGGCCUUCCUGCGGGACCGGUAUGAGCCCGACACUGAGGCUGGGAAAGAGGAGCUGGUGACUCAGGCCCGGCCCUGGGCCAGGGUUUGGGGAAGGGAAUGCGGGGAAUUACCCAUUGUGGAAGCUCAUAUUGCCACGGACAGGAAGCAAUGCUUGCCUGCAUCCCUUGGUACUGUUGUUCUCACUACAAUUCCCUUAAGUAGCUUUCCUCAUGCUACUGUUACUCUCACUACAUUUUGUGUCACAAGUGUUACUCCCUGUACCUUUCCUCUCAGUAUUGCGACCCCCUGUACAGUUGCUCUCGUUGUUGUUCCCCUCUGUCCCAUUUCUCUUUACCCUAACUACCAUAGUCCUCUCAGCAGCGUUACCUCAUUACCAUAUUCCUGUCAGCAGCGUUACCCUCAUUACCAUAUUCCUGUCAGCAGCGUUACCCUCACUACCAUAUUCCUGUCAGCAGCGUUACCUCACUACCAUAUUCCUGUCAGCAGUGUUACCUCACUACCAUAUUCCUCAGCAGCGUUACCUCACUACCAUAUUCCUGUCAGCAGCAUUACCUCACUACCAUAUUCCUCAGGAGCGUUACCUCACUACCAUAUUCCUGUCAGCAGCGUUACCUCGCUACCAUAUUCCUGUCAGCAGCGUUACCUCACUACCAUAUUCCAGUCAGCAGCGUUAUUUCGCUACCAUAUUCCUCAGCAGCGUUACCUCACUACCAUAUUCCUGUCAGCAGCAUUACCUCACUACCAUAUUCCUGUCAGCAGCGUUACCUCACUACCAUAUUCCUGUCAACAGCAUUACCUCACUACCAUAUUCCUCAGGAGUGUUACCUCACUACCAUAUUCCUGUCAGCAGCAUUACCUCACUACCAUAUUCCUGUCAGCAGUGUUACCUCACUACCAUAUUCCUGUCAGCAGCGCUACCUCACUACCAUAUUCCUGUCAGCAGUGUUACCUCACUACCAUAUUCCUGUCAGCAGUGUUACCUCACUACCAUAUUCCUGUCAGCAGCAUUACCUCACUACCAUAUUCCUCAGGAGCGUUACCUCACUACCAUAUUCCUGUCAGCAGCGUUACCUCACUACCAUAUUCCUCAGCAGCGUUACCUCACUACCAUAUUCCAGUCAGCAGCGUUAUUUCGCUACCAUAUUCCUCAGCAGCGUUACCUCACUACCAUAUUCCUGUCAGCAGCAUUACCUCACUACCAUAUUCCUGUCAGCAGCGUUACCUCACUACCAUAUUCCUGUCAACAGCAUUACCUCACUACCAUAUUCCUCAGGAGUGUUACCUCACUACCAUAUUCCUGUCAGCAGCAUUACCUCACUACCAUAUUCCUGUCAGCAGUGUUACCUCACUACCAUAUUCCUCAGGAGUGUUACCUCACUACCAUAUUUCUGUCAGCAGCAUUACCUCACUACCAUAUUCCUGUCAGCAGUGUUACCUCACUACCAUAUUCCUGUCAGCAGUGUUACCUCACUACCAUAUUCCUGUCAGCAGCAUUACCUCACUACCAUAUUCCUCAGGAGCGUUACCUCACUACCAUAUUCCUGUCAGCAGCGUUACCUCACUACCAUAUUCCUCAGCAGCGUUACCUCACUACCAUAUUCCAGUCAGCAGCGUUAUUUCGCUACCAUAUUCCUCAGCAGUGUUACCUCACUACCAUAUUCCUGUCAGCAGCAUUACCUCACUACCAUAUUCCUGUCAGCAGCGUUACCUCACUACCAUAUUCCUGUCAACAGCAUUACCUCACUACCAUAUUCCUCAGGAGUGUUACCUCACUACCAUAUUCCUGUCAGCAGCAUUACCUCACUACCAUAUUCCUGUCAGCAGUGUUACCUCACUACCAUAUUCCUGUCAGCAGCGCUACCUCACUACCAUAUCUCUGUCAGCAGCAUUACCUCACUACCAUAUUCCUGUCAGCAGUGUUACCUCACUACCAUAUUCCUGUCAGCAGUGUUACCUCACUACCAUAUUCCUGUCAGCAGCGCUACCUCACUACCAUAUUCCUGUCAGCGGCGUUACCUCACUACCAUAUUCCUCAGGAGUGUUACCUCACUACCAUAUUCCUGUCGGCAGCGUUACCUCACUACCAUAUUCCUCACUACUGUUCUUCUCAAUAGUAUUACCCUGUACAAUUCCUCUCAGUACCCGCCACUACCAUUCUUCUCACUUACAUACCUCUUGGUAUUGUCAGCCUUGCUACUGUUUGUCUUCAUAGUAUUUCACUACCAUUAAUCUCCGUUGUGUUACCUCAUUACUGUUCCUCUCAGCAGUGUUACUUUUUGUACUGUUCCUCUUAUGUGCUUUCUUCAUGCUAUUUCAGGGAAGAGCAAUCUUACCCUCACUAUCGCUCCUCUAGAAUCAUCACUCUAGAGUCACAAAUGAAAUGUUCUGUAAAUAAAACAACAUUUUUAUAAAUAAAAUGCAAUCGCCGAUAGACAUACAGACUGCAUUUCUUACAGCAGCGUUGGGACUCUAAAAUAAUAUAAUAUGGUUAACAGGACAGCUGUUGUAUGUUCAGGUUAUUGUAAGUCAGAUCUGUUGUAAAUUGAGAACUACCUGUACAAGCAUAACAAAAGGUUCAAGGAGCCAGAUUACCUGUAGUCAGACAGGCACCCUGGGGAAGCAACAGAUGGCAAUGAUCAUGUAGAGGUUCUAGGGACUCGUGUGAUUUUGCCAUGGAAUCUGGAACCCCAGUGAUCUUCUGGUAUAUGAAAAAUGUGGGACCACAUGGCUUGUGUGUGUCAGCUGCAUUGAGAUCACAACCUGUUCAAGCAGGUGACACAAAAACCGUAAGCGAGCAUUGGGGAAACACAACCAUGUGUAAUGGUUUUAAACUAGUACAAUACAGAGCCUGUUUCUCGUAGAUCAAAGUUAUGAUUUCACUUACAGGGUAGGUUCCAUCAUUGUUGUUCUUGGCAUUGCAUUUUACAAGGAAAGAAGAGUGCUGCUAAAUGCCUGUGAAUAAAAUCUGGUGUGUCUUGAUAUGCUGGAAUAAAAGCAAACAAAUAACCAUUGAGUAUGUUUUUAAUGUCAGGGAGGUAUAGCGUUUGGUGUGAGCUUUACAGGUUAGUCAACUCAUCACGUACCGGCAGCAAAUACUUUUUCACAGUACUACUGGAAGUCUCAAUUAUAGUUUUGAAAGUCACUCAUUUUUUCUUUGCUAUGCAACUCACCGAUUUACACAGCUGGGUAAUUUAUUGGGCUAGUUAAAGUGUGGGACCUGGCUCAAGGGCACAACAGCACUUCCUGUCAUGAGACUUGACCCUGUAAGUUUUUUGGGUCACAAGUCCAGCUCCUUGAGCUCUUCACCACCUGCUACACCACCCCGUGAAAUGCGUCCAUGUCUAUAAAUACUGCCUGCAGAAGAUCCAGGAGCUGUGGCAGACAAACACAGGGAGGCUGAUGUUCUGGGCUUUUUUUGGUUUAACUUCAUGGCCUUAUUUUACUUAGCACCUCCAUGCCCAGUCCUGCUGCGUCCACCCAUUAGACAUUGUGUGAACCUGGCAGAACGUGUCCUCUGUUUAAUGCUGGCAAACAGGAUGUGCUGCCUGUGUGCACGCUGGUCUUUGAACAGUUAUUAAGUUCUGCUCAGAAUUCCGCAAGCAUUUGCAGAGCAAACUAUGCCACUCCUUUCCUUUCAGGUCACUUCAACUAAAUUCGUGCUAAUUUUUUAAUUGCACUCUUCCCAACAGGUUGCUUCAGAGCACAUUGCAAAGAAUAAUGUGAAAUCACUGAAGCACAUGCAUUAGGAAGCAGGAGAAAGGAGGAAAGAACUUCUAAACCCUUUUCAGGAGGGAAAAGCCUCUGUGGGUGCAAGGCCGCCUGACUGCUCACCCCUCAGGGGGAUGUGGACGCUACACAUUGAAGAGGAAGGUUCAGCAUUUGGAAGCCAGGUACUCUGAUUGCAAUGAGGCAAAGCUCACCCUGGCAUGCCAGUGCCCGUUGGAAUGGGGGGUAAGAACAGGUAACUGCACAUAGUGACAGUUAGAAAGCUGCAUUGACAGCAAAACAACUUCAUUCGCUGCAUUCUAAAAAACUGUGUGAGGCUGAAAACUCUAAAUGUGUUCAAUAAAGGGGACAUUUCUUACGCUGGUUUGAAUCAUUUCCACAGUUUAAAAGCCAAGUAAUAU